GCUUCCACAGGUUAUGAGCCCUUUCUGCUGAGAGAAUUCAGUUUCUCGCUGGAUAUAAAUAUGCAGAAUUGAUUCUCAAAGCUCUGAGCAACAUGCUAUCAGUUUCCUUACCCCCUCCCUGUCCAAGGGGGGGUAGCAUCCUUCAACGUGGCUUUAACCCCUGGAUUGGGACCACGUAGGCAUUUUAAUAUGCCGAUUAAGAGCCUCACAAGGCAUCAAAAACAACCUUGGAAGGCCAGUACUGCUUAUUAUAUAGUAUGUACUAGGCAAGGAUGUCUCCUUACUGUUGAAAUACACCAUCACAGUAAGUAUAAAGGUGUAUAUAGUCUACAGAGCUGUAAUUCCUGAUGGUUGCUCUAGACUUUUACUUCCUAUGGGAAGAUUAAGAGCUUUCUACUAUAGAGGCUUAUAUAUUGGCUCUAAGCCACUCUUCUAGCAGCCAUGUUGCUGCAAUUUACACCUUCUUACCUAGAGAUAGUGUGUUUUCCCAGGCUCUGGGCUGAGGCCUAUCCUGAUCAAACUCAU